GCCAAAUACAUCAAUCACAUACUUAGCUUAAAUUUCUCUCUUUUUUUUUUAUAACCAAUAAACUCAUAAUUUUGUUUUUCUCCAAAAUGAAUCCCAAGAAAACCAAAGGAAAACAAAAGAUUAACAUCAAGAAAAUUGAAAAAGACGAAGACAGAUCGGUCACAUUGUCUAAGCGUCUAAAUGCUAUCUACACUAUGAUCAUUGAGCUUUCCAUUCUCUGUGGUGUUGAAGUUGCGUUUAUCGGGUAUUCUUGCUCUGGAAAACCAUACACAUUCGGCAGUCCGUCCUUCCAAGCCGUGGUGGAGCGGUUUCUCAACGGCGAGGCCUCGUCGUCUUCUUCAUCAUCGUUGCAACGAUCGGUCAAGAAUGCUCACAAGCAAGCGAAGAUUCAAGAGCUUUGCAAAAGAUACAAUAGAUUGGUGGAGGAGUUAAAGGUGGACGAAGUCAAAGUCAAGAAGGCAGCUGCAUUGGCGGAGACGAGGGCCGUGAAUAAGGAUGCGUGGUGGAAAGCAGAUCCAAAUGACGUGAAGGAUCACGAAAAGGCGAAGAAGAUGAUGGAGAAGUAUCAAGAGCUCAAAGAGAAACUGCGUGAGGAAGUUGCUUUAAGGAUCAAGAGAGGACAUGAUGAGAAUAAUAACAAAUGAUCUGUAAUCAAGAUUUUAAUUAGUAGAUCACUUGUGAUCAUCACUAGUUAAUUAUGAG